CGACCAGGCUGCAGUGAGCACGGCCCAAUCGCGCUCAACACGGGGCGAAGGUGGCGACGCCUGGCGGCAGCCGACACGCCCCGUAACAGGAGACGAUCACUGGCGCCCCUCGGAGUCACCUGGCUUCCUGCACAGCCAUGGCUAGUGGCUCGCACUCAGAUGCGGAAGACGGGCUGAUGGUGGAAUUUGCCUCCCUGCAGCUGCAGGACAAACCGGACAAGCCUCCGAAGCAUUAUCGAUGUGGCGUGUGUCACGAGAUAGGACAACAUUUCAUCAACUUCUGUCCACAAGCGCUGAAGACUGGCGUGAAAACGCCGUACCAAGGCAAGCGGCGUGCGUUCGGCGAGUACCAGUGCUGCGAAUGUCGCCGUCUCUGGCAGUCGAGUCGCAGCUGGGCCAACAUGGCGCAGGAGUGUCAAUCUUGCCGCAUUCGCAUCUAUCCUCAUCGGCAGACACCCUUGCACAAACCUGGCGGGCUAGACAAGAUAGACCAGGACAAGAAGCACCCGGCCGAGCUGUGCGAGAAGUGCACCAAACUGGGCUACAGCUGCGUCUUGCACAACUCGAAGGAGUCGGUCGCGUCGCCUGCGGAUGAGGAAGACGACUAGCCAACGGACAAGUGUUUUGGAGGGCCGCCUACCGGCGCGAAUCGCAGAGAUAUGUGUUAGAUUCAGAAGCCGGGUGACAUCCUCUGACAUUGUUAGUCAUUCCUCCGGCGCUGUUGCUUCUGAACUAGUUUGAGAUCAUACCGGCGUCGUUCGUAUGAGGUCAGUUUUGUAUUCUGGAGUCGAUCCCCUCGGAUUUUUUCCGGGUGACGCAGUUAAAUGAAGUGAUAUUUAGUAAAAGAAGAGCGUUUACUGAGAGGUUAUUGUGAGCCAUAUAGUUGUAUAGGUUCAUAGAGUUUUGUGAGCCAUUUGAUGCCUAUCAUCUGAAAAGGUCUAUGUAAAUGAGACUUAUUAAGCGAAUUGUGAUGAUGGUUCAGUGAAGUGAUAUCAUGAGUCUGGAAAAGUGAAACGUGAGCGUAUCCACUGAUUAAACCACUAACUGUGGCGAAGAGCGUCAUGGCUCCUCCAACACUCGAAAUGUAGACCGCGUACCCCAGCCUCGAGCCCGGACUGGACAGACUGAGCAUUGAAUGAGUAACGGAGGGGUAACUGUACUGAACCGUACCAAUACUGAUCAGCAUGAGCUAUCAUCCAAUGAUGAUAUGAAACGUACAACCCUGUUCAAGCGCCACUUAAAAGUCCGUGUGUGCACUUAAAGACAAGUCCACUUUGUGUUGAAAACUGCACUUUGAGCUUUGGCGAACACCUGCGCCCCUCUCCAUGGGGUAGCCAUUGCCUCUGUCUCGCAGUGACACCGCAACGCCGUGUCUAUGAAACCUCAGGAUCAGCCGUCAUCGCAGGGAUAUUUCGUGCCGCAAAUACACCCUCUCUUGAUG